CCCAGAGGGGCUUGCCACAAACGUGAGAAAUGAGAAUGCAAGGUGAUUACUCUCUUGGCAGUAUGCUUGGCGGGGUGUAUUAAGGGCCAUGAUCCCACCGCUUCUGAGCAAGACCUCUGUGAAUAGCAAGUGCGAUUCGCAUACGAGUAACACAGUAAAUAUAUUUUAAUUAACCACGCAAAGGAAAAGAGAAAGACGACAAAGAGGUUCCAAUUUGAGAGCCUUGCUUUGGGAGGGAAGAUAGAUAUGGCAGAGUGGGGGUUUAAAACACUUUUUGCGGCCGCACUUUUGCUUGUGCUAGGACUGCGAGGAGUGGGCGUCGAGGGGAGGAUCCAGUUGACGAAGCAGCCAAGCAGACUAGCGAUACUCUUCGCCGGGCCCGAGUUCUCGGGAAACUACUUUUCUGUCGAGGGGUUCUUUGGAAGCUGUUACAACGUGCUGAAAGACGGCGGCGUGGGCUCCAUCACCCUCGAAUCUGGGACAGGCCAUUGUGAAGUCUGGGGCGUGGCAGGAUGUGGUGACGGUGGCGAUGGGAAGGAUAGACCGAAAACGGUCUUCCAGGCUACGCCGACGCUUAUUUGGAACCGGAGAGCGAGGACGAAGGAUGAGGUGAAGAGGGAGGGGGGUGGUGUGAAGAGUAUUCGUUGUUUUGAGAAGAUUGCUAGCGAGGGCAAGAUAAAGUUACAAUGAAUGGACACGAUAUAUCGAAAUGGAAAUUUACUUUUCAAGACGCAAAGAAUCGAGGGACGAUUUAUGCACGGUAAGAGAUGCGAG